AACAAACAAUUUCCUUCAUUGGAUGCUAAAGGACCCAAUGUACCGGUUGGAUCUCAUACUGGCCAUCCAGACAAUCCGCUCUAUCAUACUCGUGAUCGCGAAUAUUUUGGUUCUCCUGAGAAAGGCGACACCAUUCGUCCAGCAUUCAUGUAUCGUGAAUUUCAAGCAAACACUUCCUACAUAGAUAGGACAGUGGCUUAUUACAUUAGCGCAUUCUUUUGGUUCUGGAUGUUUUAUCACUUAUAUUACUUUCCUGGCCAUAUAUUUGGUCAUCAUCAUGCUCCAUAUUUAGAGGAGUUCACUGAUGAAGAAUUGGGAAUUCCUGAUGAUAACGCUCCAGAUCCUGAAUAUUGGGGAAAUCAUUACGAAAAACCAGGAACUUAUAGAUAA